UGCUUGGAAAGCGAAUUAAUUUUAGUUUUUCUGCCUUCGUUUGAAAUAUUUUUGUUUUUCUCCCGAUUUUGUCGUCGUUUCUCUGGGUGACAGACGCUAAUUUGGCUUGAAACCUCUUCAAAGGACACUUCUCGUUAAAUCUCACGCAAAAACAGUGUGGAUUCGUGUUUGAAUGCUUAGAAAACGCGACGCGAAGGAGUCGAAUUUGUGCUUCGUUCAUGACUGGUUGCUUUGUCAGUGGCUUCGAACCGACCGGUUCAUGCUCCGAAUAGGAUGAGAAUUUUUGGAUUCUCGGCUUAAGAAGUGAAGGAUAAGACGUAGAAAAUGGACCAGUAUGAAGAUCUUGAUCCAGAAGGAAGCUGCUUUGCUGUAAGUUGGUUAUGUAGUGGCUAUUGACACUAAAAGCCCGUAGAAUAAACAUCGUAGUUCGAAACGACAUCUGUGUUAAAACGUAGCGUAUUUUAGGCAUGUAGUGCUGUUGUUCACCUGUAUUUCGUUUUACUUUUGCAGCAAAUUCAAGCGCUAGUUCAGUCUGAGUUUGGCGAGACGAAACAAGCAGCGAAAUCCGAGAAGGAAAGUCGUAAGCCAGGGCGAAGCGUAAAUCAUGAUUGUUGUGAUAGCUGUGGCGAGGGUGGUGAUUUGCUUUGCUGUGACCAAUGUCCCUGUGCUUUUCAUCUCACAUGUUGGUAUGUCUUUCUCUUUUAUAACUUCUGAAUUUGUUUUGUAUUUGCUUUGUGAUCAUGUUUGCCCCUUAGUGUAAUUGUGUGAAAUGGUAUAUUUUCACGUUUCAAGUACCUUGUCGAAAGGGUCAGGCUGGUCAAAACUCGACCCAGCUACCAAACCCAACCAAGAGGGCCCUUACUCUUAUGUGUUGCAUACUGGUUUCCUUUGGGAGAUCGAAAUUCAUCUCAACACAACUCAUUACACAUUGUAGUGUUUUUUAUUGUGUUUUUGAGUAUUUUUCCAUAGUUGUAUUCUGAGCAGGGUAAUGGACUUCGCUGUAAACAUGCUUCAGCAACGAAUGCGAUAAUGCGGACAAAAAUAGCAAGGUCUAUGCUCAUCUGACCUUUCAAUGUGAUUGAAAUAACAUUAAACGUUAAUUUUGUGCUGUGAGAAAAUCUGACUGUUUAAACAGUUGUCAUGUGCCAUGGGGCUUCGGUAGCACCUUGCACCUGUGAGAUUGUGGGUUCCAUUCUUGCUGCAGACUUGUGACACUUAUUUGAAAAGAGUUGGUUAACACUCGACCGAAAGUUGUGUGGGUUUUCUGCGGGUAUUCCGGUUUCCUCGCACAGGGAAUGUUGUUCUGAAUCGUAAGGUGGCUGUCAGAGGCGUCCUUAGAAAUCCUUCAAAUCAAUCGGGUUGAGCUGCGUCAUUUACAAUUCCGUUUAGCUCUCAGCAUGCAUCAAUAUAUUUUUAUCAAAAGAAUAUAAUAUUUUAUAUAAUUUUUUUUUCACACAAAAAACAAAUUAAUAGCUACUUAAUUUCUCUAUAAUCUGCUGGAUAAGGUGAUUGGUGAUUAACAAACUCUCUUGAGUUUCUAUGACAAUAUCCUUCCAUGUUUCUAUAUAAUACAAACCAACAAACAUAAGCUUUAUUGUAAUUGUAUCUUUGAUAACACUUGUAAAUAUUUAAAUAUGACUGUAGCUUGUAAAUACAUAUUUAACCCAUUGAGUGGCAGCACUAUCCCCCUUACGAGUAAAAUCAUCUGGAAUUAGACAGAGUAAAAUAAGAAAGUAGGGUGCAAUUAAUGCGACUCAAUGAGUCAAAAUUAUGGUGAAAUAUAUUUGAUUUGAUUUAGCUCACGCCCGCUUACUUACAUACUUACUUAAUUACGUUUUGAUAUUUCUAUUGAAAAUUUUCUUUUGCAGUGACCCUCCUCUUGAAGAAGACGAUAUUCCUACUGGUGAAUGGCUUUGUAAUGAAUGUAAAUCUCUUCCACUUGAGGUACAUGGAGAUUUACUUCUUACAGUGCUUGUAUUUUGGGCAAAAAUUAAGAAAAGUGCUCGUCGUUAUAUGGUGACCCGCCAUAUUGGUGCUCAGAUAUUUUCUCGCGUAUUCUAAAAGCAAUUGUUUCAAUGUAAUAAGUAUUCACAAUUCAAAUAUGGAAUACCCGGAGUUUCUUCAAGGGGGUGCUGGACCCCACUAGGAGGGUGUGCACUCCCCUGCACCCAAAUGGUAGAUCUGCCCCUGAUGAAGAUAACAUCCUGCGUCACCCAACAUUGAAGCUCUUAGCUUGAGAUUUGGGCACUAUAGUGUGUUUUUAAUCUGGGUGUCAAAACUGGCUAGAGUUUUAAAAUAAUAAUCUAGGGCACAUUAGGGUGCAAUCCAACUUAACGAGUCAAUUAGAAUGUUUGUUGUUGUAAUAUCAUUGUGAUUUCUUUGUUGUUGUUUUUUUAGAACGGUAUUGGAAAUAAAGCUGGCAAGGACCAACCGAUUUCAAACGAACAUUCCAAAAUAAAGAAAGAUCAGAAUGAUAAAAUUUCAUAUCCAUUUCAGACUCUUGUUAAAAUGAGUUCUGGAAAGAACCCCUCAACCUUUACCCUUCCUCCCGAACUCACUUGUCAUACAUACUUUCCAGGUAAAUGUUUUAAUUUUUACACAAACUAUUGAUUAUUAAAACUGACAUUUUGCUGCGUAUAUAUUCAGGGUCUCGAACAGUCUGUGCCAGUGUAGGUAGUAACAAUAAUUAAAUAUGAAAGCUUUGGAACGAUAGGGAUGCAGUCACCUGGAAAAUACAAGGAGAACUUCAACGUCUCCAGCGAAGGCCCAGGGCAGGAAAAAAGAAUUUUCUUCCUGGGAGCACAACCUGGCAACAAAUAUUUCCUGCAGACCAACAGAGUAUUUUUGUGCUAAAUCUGCAUGUACAUAAACAUAUAGUGUUCUAGCUGACCACGAUUUUAAAUUCAAGGAAUAAUGUCUGUCAACCAUAUGUUGUUGUUAAGAUUUCCUUGAAAUUUUCAAUAGCAAAUCUUCAUUCAAAUGCAUUUCCUGCAGCUGUGUAACAUUUCCUUUCCAUUUCCCAUAAUUUUUCCACCCCUGCGAAGGCCCUUUGCUCAAAAUGUUGAAGUUCUGUUUGUAUUUUUCAGGAAGUUGUAUCGCUAUCAAGUGGCAGCUUUCUUAUAUUCAGUAUCUGCAGGAUGCUGAAAUAUGUUUUGAAUUUCAUACCCUGUAGUAAAUUGCUGUUUGACAUAUUUGGAUGUGGUUGUACACUUGUACUCUUAUGUUUCGCACAAACGUGAGGUCGUGACAUUGGUUCACAGGUUUAGCAGGAGAAUCUACUGAUUAUUUCAUACUUUGCAAUCCCAGGUGACAGAAAGAGAAAACUUGAAACUGAAGAAAAAGUAUCGAGUACUGGUACGAAGAGCGAUAAAAAGUAGGAACAGCUUUCUUCAUCAGUUUUUAAUUGAAUUUGAUUUUUGUAAAAAUUCGAUUAUCAUGUUGUAUAAUCCAUAAUUGACAAGGCCUAGCAAGCAAAUACUUUAUGAUAUAUCUUUCCAGGGACUCAGAUUUCGAUGAAGGUUGCCAUCUUGACAAGUUGUGCUUUGCAUGUUCAAAGUAAGUUUAAGCUGCCAGAGUUCAAUGGUGCCUAAAUUACAGAGUUUGGCAAUGCCACAAGAUUUACUUUGUUUACAAUUCUUCUCUCCUUCCUCCACUCUAAGCUUUCAAACAAAGUUAUUUUUCCUAAACCUCGUAACCUUUCGAAAACGACGUACUAUUUCGCAAACCUGAUUUAGUUAUUUGCCAUCUUAAAUCUUAUCGAAGAAUGUUAUCUUGUUUAGGACUUCGAGAAAUUCUCUUUAUGGCGAUCUGAUUGAGUGUGAUUUCUGUCCUCUGUCAUUUCAUACAAACUGCUUACAACCUCCACUGACCAAUAGACCUCCGGGAAUGUGGAUGUGUCCUAACCAUGCCGAACACGCCGAGGUAACUAAGAUUUCACAGACAGUCCAGUGUGUCUAGAUAUAGAUAGAUAUAUAUAUAUAUAUAUAUAUAUAUAUAUAUAUAUAUAUAUAUAUAUAUAUAUAUAUAUAUAUAUAUAUAUAUAUAUAUAUAUAUAUAUAUAUAUAUAUAUAUAUAUAUAUCUAGAGCGAGAAGUCGAAUCCAAAGAAUGAAGUCAAGAUGGUAGAAAUGUAUGAUUCUAGCUAUAGUCUAAAUUUUGAUCUAGGCAAGAAGAACAAAAUCCAUCCAUUACCACAGCUAGAAAGAGCAUGUUAAAAUUAGUAAAAUUGCAAAGUUUGGCCGCGAAAUGUUGUAAAAUGCGGAAAAUAUAGCUCUGCGAAAUUUGCAAAUUUUGUAUUAAUUUGUAUUACUCGCGGGAAAAUGCACCAACUACAUUUGGGCCGAAAGUGGUGCAUUUUCCCGCGCGUGAUACAAAUUAAUACAAAAUCUGCAAAUUUCGCAGGGCUAUAUUUUCCGCAUUUUACAACAUUUCCCAACCAAACUUUGCAAUUUUACUCAUUUUAACAUGCUCUUUCUAGCUGUGGUGAUGGUUUUGUUCUUCUUGCCGAAAUCAAAAUUUAGUCUAUACUAUAGCUGCAAUCAUCAAGUAUUAUUUUGACUUCGAUUUAAAAUAAUAAUACUAUGGUUUUAUGAACUGAUAACUUAUUUAGCAAUACGGUCCGUUAGAAAAAAUACUGGAAUUAGCUUGGGAAAUGGUAUAAAAUUUGUUUACGACCUUCAGAGCUAUUGGACGUCAAUGGCUGCCAUCUUGCCUUCAUUUUUCUCAUAGGCCGAAUGUCUGAAGUUAUUGCUCCAGAUAUAUAGAGCUCACUGAGACAGUUUACGAAUUUAGAUAAAAGAAAAGGCCUUUAAACUGUUUACUAAAUUCUUGUUUUCAGCCUGGUUUGAAAGAUCCACGAUUCAGUCGACGUCUCAAGGCUUAUGAUGAACUACGUAACAAUAUCUCACAACAUACAAUCAAAAUGGAUUUUCUCGAUCGUGUUCAUCGGUAAUAUUUGAUUACAUACUUCCUAUGAAACUGAGACCAUUAUAAAAUUGCUUGAAACGCUAUAAAACGGCGGAAAUAAAAGAAAGUUGGGACAUUUAUCAAAUCUUUAUUUUGUUAAUCUAGAGCUCUAGAGUUGAGAAGCGAGAGUUUACAUGCAUGAGAGUUGAUGAGUGUUUAGAAGCGAGAGUUUGCAUGAGAGUUUUCUCAACUCUCAUGCCCCGGUCAAACGAGAACAAGAGUUGCAUGAGAGUUGAUGAGAGUUGAGAAGCGAGAGUUUGCUUGAGAGUUUUCUCAACUCUGAAACCCCGGUCAAACGAGAACAAGAGUUGCAUGAAUAUUAUCGCGCGCGUAGCAAAACUCUCAUUAAAAUUUGAAUCAGUUCAAUGUUGAUGUGAGGGCAUGAGAGUUGGCUGUCAAACGAGAGCUAACUUGUAUAUUGUUGCUUAUUUUUAAUUUUUUUUAGACUUCGGAGUCAUCCUGAUUUUGAUAGAAAGCAAGAAUCGUGGAAACGAAAACGACUGACACUGGUACGGAAGCGUUAGGAUGUUAGAGUACUGCUCAGAAAUUAUCGAACAGUUUGCGUUCAUUUUGUGUUCCUUGGCGUUCCAAACACGUUCCAAUAAUUUUUCUACGUUUUCUCAUUCACUUGCAGGUUCCAGAGUCGAUCAAAUGGCAUUACAAGAACCCUCCAUUUCAACAGCUGCCUGAGCAUAUCCAAGAUUCAGUGAAGCCUCUGCCUCCCUACAGGGUGCCUGUCACUCCUCCUAAAUCCUCCGAACAAGAAGAGGUAGCUAUUGUUUUGUAGAACGUUUCAAUUUCAAACGCUUCUCAUGAAUUCAUUCGUAAACUUUUCACAGUGUUCUCCUUAGAGAUGCAGUACGAAUUCUCCUUAGUCAGUGGGCACAGAGACCUUACAGAAGGCCGACCUCUUGGUUCUGCCUAUGAUUUUGGCGUAACGGCAAAGAGACAUUCACCCCCUGAAAAUGUUCUAAAUGGCGGACGUUCAGGGGGGUGCAAGCCUCUCAAGUGCACUGGCUAGGAACAUGGCGAGUGGAUUUUGAUGACGAAUCAUGGCGUGGCGGCGUUUACGCUCCCAAAUUAAACUAACUGUGUUUUUACUGCGAACAACUUUAGCAGUUUUAAACUGUUCUCCCUUAGAGAUCCAAUAAGGCAUGAGCCUUAUUAAUAGGUCCAGUGUUACGACAGGAGGAAACCUGAAUUAACUUUCUUUAUGCUGGAUAGUUGCUCAAAACAAGCGCUAUGUUUAUAAUAUUUUUAGCAUAAAAUACGUGGUCAUAAUCUCCAUAUAAUAAUUUCUGGGCGGCCAGUUUUACUGGAGUGACAUCCUGGCUAAAAGCGUGCUUUGUUUUGUAUUGGCUAUUCUUGUAUGAUUUGGGGUUAAUAUAUUUUGUUUUACCUUCUAGUGGCUCAAAUCAGUCGUGUCGUUACAAUGUGACAUUGCAAAACACCUAGCAUCAUUGUCAGUACCAAAACCUCAAGAUGGGGUGAAAAAGACCGUUAAAGCUGUAAUAUCCGGGACUACCAAUCACGUCAUUUCAAACAACAAAAUCCCGAGCCAAACUCCAAACAACUGCAGCAAUUCCACCGAAACUAAAACUCCUAAAACUUUAAAUUUGAAUUCAACUUCGAGUAUUAACACGUCAACCGCUAAAACGGUGACGACAACGAAGCCGAACACCGUGGCGGCUAAGGUAGUCACCAGUUCUUCCACGAAUUCGGCGCAUACUUCGACGGUGACGUCAUUUUCCCGCGUGGUUACCACGCAUACUGUGACUUCUGGCGGGAAAACUCUGACUAAGCCAAUCACGAUUCUCUACGCGUCGCCGUCGAAAAACCUGACUCAGCAAAAUGGAGUUAGCUCAAAUAUGACAAAACAUUUGAAUAACACGAAACCUAUAGCAAAGGUGGAAGGCAAUGUUAAAAAGCCGAUAGUUCAGCAACCUGGUGCAAAAACUGCACUACAAAAUUCAAACAUCAAGACAACGGUAGCUCAAAAUGCGAACAUAAAGAGUCCCACAGUUCAAAACUCAAAGGCCAAUUUAAUACUGUCACCAAGUUCUAAAAACUCUACACUGCAAAGUUCGUCCGUUAAUUCAGUAAAGGCAACGGUAAAAGGUGAUUUGAAAACUUUAUCGAAUGGACCUGUAACCAAACCGCGAACUAUAGGCGAAACAACCGCGGUUAAACCAAGGACUAUAGGCGAAACGACCAAGGCUGUGAGUGUUUCACCGCCCGGAACUAAUAGCCCAAGGACUAUGAGUGUGGUAGGAACUGUGUCCACGGGACUAAAUUCCGGUAGUGGAGCUACAAAGGUCAUAGUUUUAACAAAUACUGGCGGUGGGAAUAUCAUUAAGAGUAUCGCAAAUACGACCACGAGCACGCAAAGGACUGUGGGAAGUUCUGGGACGCAUGGGAAUUCUGGAUCGACGACUACGGUUACAAGUCCAAGCGUGCAAAGGAUUGUGGUACAGUCUAGUCCUCAGAAAGGGUUGGUGAAUGGAGGUGGACCCAAUAAUGGGCCUUCUGUGACUCCAACGUCGCAAGCAGCAAGUCCAGUCAGCACGAUUUGUGCUGUGUCAGGAUUAGAUACCAUACAAGGUUAGUUCUAGGGUGAACUAGAGGGCACUGGGUGACAUGGCCGGAUUUUGAGGGGAGGCGCGCACCUCCCCUGAGAUCGUUUUGCACCCAGUGGCGUAGCUACCGAAAUUUGACUUGUCUUGCUCUAAGACGAACACAUUCUAGGGGGGAUCCGGAAAAUUUUGUGUACCUCACCUGAGAAUUUUCGCACCUCCCCUGAAAAGUCAUAUACCAUUAUACCCUCCCCUUGGGAAAGUUCCAAUGAUAGAUCAAAGUGAAAAUUUGACCUUUUUUUUUGGUUGCUUAGGGUCUACACUUCAUAAGAAAAUGUUUCUGUAAAAUUGAAACAGUGAUAGCCAUUCAUCUCUGUGUCCCAUUUAAUGCAAUGUUUUGAAAGAAACUUUGUAGUAAUUGUAGUGAAGGGCAAAAUUGGAUCAGUUAUACAGUCAUAACUCAUUAACACACUGAUACAUAUGUACACUACAUGCAUACGUCACGUCAUUGACUUUGGCCCGUUGUAAGCCCUAACUUUCCAUGGAGGUCGUGAGCUGGACCGCUGCACCUCCCCUAAAUUUUUUUCCACCUUCCCUAUUAUUUCAAAUGGAAUUAAGUUAUGUAUCAUUCAUAAAUUAUACAAUGGACUAAUUAUGCAUUCAAUUUAUUCUGCAUGGUAAAGCAAGACAAACUUUGCUAAUUUCUAGUCCAACUUGAACCAAAAUUUGAUCGAUUUGUCCUUGGACUUAUUUCUAGUAACCCCACAAAUUUGAAGAUGUUGAAUUAUCGUGGUGACAGAAACAAACAUCCAUAGAAAGCCUCAUUGGCGGAUUUACUGGGUGGGGGGGGGGUAAACCCCUCUUAGAAUCUCUCUAACCCCUCUUAUAAAGUGUCCAACCCCACCAAAAUUUCGCUUCACCCCUCUUAUUUUGUGUGAAAGUCUUUAACCCUAAAGGCCCAUUUCCACUCAGGAAAAUUUUCCGCAGAAAGAAAAUUUUGUAAAAUGUGAUUGGACCGACACAAAUUUUCCCUCGGAAAAAAAUUUUGAUGUUGAAAAUUUUCAACUUUUAACAAUGAUAUUUUCGGAAAAUUUUGUGUCCGUGGAAAUUUCUCCUGAGUGGAAAUCGGCCUUAACGCCUUAGCCUAACGGCAAUUGCUAGAUAGUAUACUUCAAAAUAAGAUUUCCGUUUUUAUAUCAAUUUUUAAAAUAAUUAAAAUAAGUUAGGGUUAUGUUAGGAUUUAGGUUAGGGUUAGGGCGAGGGUUAGUAUUAGGGUUAGGGCUUAGUUUUGCGUUAGAAUAGUUUUUUCUACGUUAUAAAAACGGAAACCUUAUUUUGAAGUAUACUAUCUAGCGAUCACCUUAGCCUAACCCCUGUAAAAAUUUCGCUCAGUGUUGCCGCUUGCACCCCACUAGAAAUUUUUCCACCCCUCCUUUAAAAAAAAAGGGAAAAUCCGCCCUUGCAAAGCCUCGUUUUCAGGCUGUUUUCUAUUGGUAUUUGACCAAAGUAAAACUCUGUAAUUUUGUAGUGCAAGUAAUAAAACAUUUUAGGAGCAAUUUAUUUAAAAAAUAAAUUAGGAUUAAUAAGAGGCAACAUCCAUACCGAAAACUAUGUAACCUAAACGGAAACGAUAAGCAAAGAAAACAACCCUUUGCUCUCCGGGCAAUGUCUGCCAAGCGUCAAUGCCAAACUGCCAAUAUAAUCCCAUUUUGCUAAGCCGACAUUCUUCAGUUAUCAGCAAAAGCUAGCCAAAUUUUAUCUCAGUUCACUCUGGUUUCAACGGUCUUCGAGACAACAUAAAAGGAAAAUCCCACCCACCCAACCCUUUGAUGAAGAACAUGAUCCAAUAAUCAGGAAAUAUAGAAACUCAAUUUAAAAUAUAAGAAAUCAAUUGUAAUCAUAUCUAUAUUGUUCUGUUUUAUCAACUUGUAAAUAAUUUUAUACAUUCAAGAAGAAAUAAAGAAAGCGGGACGGAAAGUGGUGUCCACACGGCCACACUUCGCCCACGGUGAAGCACACACCGGCGAAAGAGAGCAAGGUCCAUAACGGCGGGGGCCCCUUACCCUCGUCCUGAUCUUCGCAUCUCUCGAUCACUUCACCACGGGGAAGCCCGGCUCGGACAUGAGAUUCAAUGUCCAUAACGGUGAGAGCCCUUACUCUCACCCUGAUGUUGUUUCUCCAGCUUUUCUGGGGACCCCUUACCCCCAAGAAACCGCACUUUCCGUCACCCAAUUUGGCCACAAAGGAUUUGCGUGAUUUAUUAAUAAUGGAGUUGAUGUUUAUUUUCAGAGUCUGAAUUAAGUAAACUUGACCCUCGUCUUGUUCAUGUCCUGGCGUAUCAAAGACUGCAGCAAUUGAUAACACAAACUACUAGCAAGGUGAGAUGACCAGAUUAAUCAUUCCUCCCCCUAAAAUGCGGGCGGGAGGAAUUUAAAGGCGGGCGGGUCUGAGGAGAGAAAAUUUAGAAAAAGGGAAUAGGUCCUUCUAUAGUACUAUAUAUAUGUAUGUGCAUACAAUACGAUAAAAAAUUAUUUAUACUGUAGUGACAGAAUACAGCAUCAGGACCUGACUUUUAUCGCGGCAAUUGCCGUGGAGGGAGAACAAAAUGCCGUGGAUCAUUGCGGCAACGACGGCAAUUUUUUGCCGUAUAGUGCAAUUUUUAUACUAUUCACUGUGCACUGAUUACUCUUUUGAUACUUGAAUUCAGAUGUUGAUCAAAUCAUGUGUAAACUACUAUUUUAGUCUCAGUUUUCUUCGAAAAAAAAAACACUAAAGAAAUAGGAAAACAUGUUUCUAGCUUGUCAGCAAUCCAAAGUAACAAUAGAAUUAAAUUUUUAUUACAGUAAUUUGAAAAAUGCCGUGGAAACUGCCAAAAUUCCCGUGCAGCAAAUUUUACAGCUGUUACGUUCUACGGCAAAUUUUAACACCAUUGCCGUCGAUUGAUUUCAGAGAAAUUCGAGGCCUGUACAGCAUGCAUAGAUAAUGACAACAUUUUAAGUAAUAAUCUACUGAUUUACAAGAUUGCCGUGUGGGACUUCAUAUAGAGAACGUACCCUUCUCUACAUACAUGUGUGUACAACAAAUAUUUUAGAAAUGUCUUUAUUUUCUUCAUAGGUGAAUCCGACAAACUCGACUGUUGCAAGGAAGAUUUCUUUUAAUAGUAGCAAAGAAACGGUUGUCUUGCCGCAAAACGGUAAGUACACACAAUCAAAACAUUGAGUCAAUAAAUUAUAUAAUUUGUUUGUUCAUCAUGUUCUGAUUUUGAUGUUCUGAUGUUUAAUUUUCCUUGUAGUUCCUCGAGGUAAAGCUAUGGCAGUUCUUUGUCCGAUGCAUGGCGAAGGUACAUCGUGCCCGAUGAUCUAUAAAACACUAAACAUUGGACAAGGUAGGCUAUAUUUCUACUGGAUAGCUCUAUCAGUUCUGAAAUGUUCUCCCUAGAGGUCCAGUAAGGAUCAUCUCUUAUUGGUCCAGUAUACCACAGAAUGAAACCUAAAGUAAACUAACUUUAUUUAUACUGGACAGCUCUAUCAGUUCUGAACUGUUCUCUCUAGAGGUCCAGUAAGAGUUAUCUCUUAUUGAUCCAGUGUUACUACAGGAGGAAACCUAAAUUAAACUAACUUUAUUCAUACUGGAUAGCUCUAUCAGUUCUAAACUGUUCUCUCUAGAGGUACAAGUAAGAGUUGUCAUUUAUUGAUCCAAUGUUACUUAUUUCCAAUGUCAAUGUUAUUUAUUUUCUUAGGACCUGACAUGGAUGUAUGUUUGAGGAAUUAUGGGUAUUGUAAUUAUUUAUCAGAUAAACAUUGUUCGAUAUUUUAUGAUGAGGUAAGUGAGAUUUAUUUGUACGCCUGCGUUUCUUAUGUAUAGAGUUUGGAAAAGAGAUUUAGAUCUCUGCAUACGAAACUUAAAAUGGCUUCACGUUUUAGCACUUAUCAUUGACAAUUAUACAAAACACAAACUACAAUAACGAACAAAUAAUUAUUACGAUAUUUGCCGUGUGACGCGCCUCAUCGAGAACUGAAUUAAUUUUAAAGUUGACUUAAACCAUUUUUAAAGUUUCGUUUUCAAAGACUUUUUUGCGUUUAGGCAAAAAAAAAUAUGUGGGUUUCCGGUUUCUUCUUAUAAAAACUUAGAUAGGGUAGGUCGGUUUUAACUUUUUUUUUAAACUUUUUUUUUUAAUUUUCCGAACAAGCGGACGCCAUUUUGUUUAGUCGGUGCUUCCACAUCCAAAGAUAAAUUUCCCUAAUAUUGCCUCAAAUUUCAAUUUUCCACAAACUUUUUCCUCUAAGUGGAAACACUUACAACCAUGAUCCAAUAAAAAAGUUUAGGGUCGGGAUUUCGACGUCCAAAAGCUAGGUAGGUUCGGGAAACCGGAAACCCACAUAUUUUUUUUGGCCUUAUUAAAUCCUCGGCGUUUCCUAGGCAACGAAGCAGUAUGAACUUUUGAACUACAGCGAGCACGGUACAUACGUUGAUAAUGUUCUAUAUUCCUGUGAUUUCUCCGAUAAACCCCACCGGACAUGUGUCACCUCCGCCCGGAAAUUAGACCCCUCGAGGUUAUCCAAGGACAAACUCCUGGGGGAUCGAAAACCCGGUUCCAAAGAAUCGGCGUCGCGAAGAACGGCGGGAUUUGGCAUCCAACUCGUUACUAGGCCUUGCAACUGCUCGGCCAGUAGCUCGACCCUGAUUGGUGGCAGCGGUGCAGGAUGGGAAGGUACGGCCACGUUGCAUCACGGGAGUUAUGUAAAAAUGGGUUGUCUGCAGUUCGUGUUUAGUAUCGUGAAUCAGGCUGGAAAGUUUGAUGCGACCAGAAAGAUUAAAACAAUGAAGAACGAGAAAUUAUAAGAUAGUUUUUAUUUAUUAAGGGUAAUGUUAUGCUGUAAGCAAAUUCUUCGUCUCGAUUGCGCAAUUGACAAAGCCACUAGACGAAUUUGUUCGCACGAAGUGAAUUUUUCCUUUGUCGUACUGACUGACUGACUGACGUACAACAUACAUACAUACAUACAUACAUACAUACAUACAUACAUACAAAAAUGUAUUUAUGCACGCUGACCUCAACAACUCAGAUAUGAUUUCCAUGAGGGGCGUGAUUUUAGAAAGAAUAUACAGAUAAACAUUAACAGACAAAACGAAAAUACAAAAACAAAGAAAGAAGGAAUUACUAUAUAGGCAACAGGACGAGCCAAUUUUAAUUGUUUGCCUGAUUAAUAAUUCUUUGAAAAGAACUUAAAGAUUCCGCUACUUUUACCUCAUACGGUGAUAAGCGAUGCCAUCAAAGGAAAAAGUCGUUUCUUAGCGCCACAAAUUUUAUUCAAAAAAAAAUUUUGUAAAAAUUAUUUUUGUAAAAAUUCUUCUAGUUCGCUGGUUGCACAAUCGAGUCUUGGAAUUUGUUUUAAUUUUAAUGUGUACAUUGGUGUCCGCGUUAUGGGUGAAAUUAGUGUCUGGUAAUUUCUUUUAGACUUUUAAGUGUUGACCAAAAUGUUGAAGUUCUCCAUGGCAACUUCAAAGUUAGCGAAAAUCAAAAUAAUAACGACCAAUUAGCAAAACAAGUUGUUUCUGUAAAAAAACCCGCAUGUGGCAGUGUUUCAGUCGUUGAAAUUCGACGCUGAAUGGUACUCUAAAUUGAGAGUCUUUUAAAAAAUAAUAAUUUAACAUACCAAAGCCAUUUCGUUGGGGUUUUAGAUUCAUAUCACAGACAUAAAUGCAUACCUCUUAAAUUUCUAACCUGCGAAUGGGCGUACUCUGCCUUACGAAUUUAGGGAAUUAAGGUAGCAUUAAUACGACAUGCGUACUAAAAGGCAGGGGGACUUAUAAUCUGAGGUUUAUCCAAAACACAUCCUCAAAACAGGCUUAGUUUGUUUCGUUAUUAAUUUCGUGCAAAAUUUAAGUACUGAGAACACAUCACUGCCUAAUGGGAAAAUCGCAUUCUCUUGCAUAUUUCUCUUGCAUUAUUGACAUUAGCUUCUGUUGUUUGUAAUAAUUUGUAAUUUAUUGAUAAUGUAUAAAGUGUAAAUAACUUAUUAUAUCGCUAUAUAUAUAUUAUGCACGAUCAUAUAUUUACCUAUUGCAAUUCAAUAAACCGUGCCGGUUUUCGGUGCAAAAGUA